CCAGCAGAUGGCUCCAUUUCCCUUUUUCUAUCAUCCUGCUCCAUCUCACCCAGCAGCGGCGAUUUGUGGUUUGGUCUGUUUGUUAUGCCAGGAGGGGCUCAAUGUUUUAUCAGCAGCGUGGAGCAUAUGGUUUGGCUGAGGGUGUGUGAUUCUUCCGGCUGCUCAUUCUCGCGAGCAGCUGCAAAUUACAACAUGACUGAAGCAAUCUCUGAUGUUCCGAAAGAACUGCUAGAAAGUAUUAAGGAUGUUCUUGGCAGGAAAAUUAAAAUUGCAGUGAAAAAGAAAGUGAAGCUAGAAAUCAAAGGCGACAAGGUGGAAAAUAAAGUUCUGGCACUUGCAUCACACCGAGCCUAUCUGCUGACAGCCCGAAUCCCCACCAAGCUGGAACAAACUUUCAAUUAUUUCGAAAUACAAGGAAUCAAUUGCAGCAAACCUGGACAUUUGGCAGUGGAAUAUGAGAGGGGGCUGGCCUCAAUGAAAUUGGCUUCGUCUGAAGAUGUGAAUGAAGUGGUAGCACACAUUGGGAACUGUCUUCAAAGGAUUUGUCCUGGUUUGUCUCCAUUAAAAAUACUAAAAAAAGUUGCAAUGGAACCUCCAGAGCGUCUUGUGAACCUUCAGGCACUGUGGAAUACUCAGAACGUGGUUGAACCAGGGCCUUGUGGUGGGUUCUCUCACAUGUACAAAUGUGUCUGUGACUGGUUGGGAUUUCCAUAUAGGGAAGAGGUGCAGUGGGAUGUGGACACAAUUUAUCUAACACAAGACACCAGAGAAUUGAACGUUCAGGAUUUUAGUCAUUUAUAUCACAGAGAUUUAAUACCUAUUAUUGCUGUUCUGGAAUAUAACCAGUGGUUUACAAAGCUCUCCAGCAAGGACCUCAAACUGUCUGCAGAUGUCUGUGAACAGAUCUUGCGUGUUGUGAGCCGAUCGAGUCGGUUGGAGGAGUUGGUGCUUGAAAAUGCAGGACUCAAAACAGAUUUUGCACAGAAAUUGGCCAACGCCCUCGCACUUAAUCCUUGUUCAGGACUUCACACAAUAAACCUUACCAAUAAUGCACUUGAGGACCGAGGUUUGUUCUCUCUGAGUAUCCAGUUUGCCAAACUCCCAAAGGGACUGAAACACUUAAAUAUCUCAAAAACCUCAUUAUCACCUAAAGGUGUGAACAGCCUUGCCCAGUCAUUGAGUGCCAACCAGUUGGUUCCCAGCACCCUCAGUUAUCUUGACCUCUCAGGGAACCUUCUUCGAGGAGAUGACCUCUCAAAUCUGUACAGUUUCCUGGCUCUACCCAACAGCCUUACUGUCCUGGAUGUAUCCAACUCCGACUGUGCACUUGAUAUGAUGUGUGGAGCACUUACACGAGGCUGUCUACAACACCUGGCAGUUUUAAACUUCUCCAAGACUGUUUUCUCUCACAGGAAAGGCAAAGAUGUCCCACCAUCCUUCAAACAGUUCUUUAGUAGUUCUCUGGCUUUAUCAAGCAUUACUAUGUCAGGCACCAAACUCCCUCCUGAAGCACUGAAAUCACUUUUACUAGGCCUUGCUUGCAACCCUCACCUGAAGGAUGUAUCUCUAGAUCUUAGUUGCUGUGAGUUAAGAUCUGGAGGUUCUCAGAUUUUAGAAGGCUGCAUUGCAGAAAUUCCAAACAUUUCAAGCCUGGAUAUUUCAGAUAACGGGUUGGAUUCUGAUCUUACAACUCUAGUGGUAUGGCUAAGCAAGAACAGAUCCAUUCAACAUUUAGCACUGGGAAAAAACUUCAACAACAUCAAAUCCAAAAAUCUGGCCCGUGUUCUGGACAAUUUAGUACACAUGAUUCAGGAUGAGGAGUCGCCUCUAACAUCCCUAUCCCUCGCAGACUCCAAACUAAAGAGUGACUUAACAAUCAUUUUGAAUGCCCUCGGCAGCAAUACCUCACUCACGAAAGUGGACAUCAGUGGUAAUGGCAUGGGAGACAUGGGGGCUAAGAUGCUGGCCAAGGCACUGCAGAUCAACACAAAGCUCAGGACUGUCAUCUGGGACAAGAACAAUAUCAGUCCACAAGGCUUGCAGGACAUCGCCGUUGCUUUAGAAAAGAAUUUUACCUUAAGAUGUAUGCCUAUUCCCAUCAAUGACGCUUCCCAGGCACUGAAAGCCAAUCAGGAAAAAACUGAAGAUGCGCUACAGAAGAUUGAGAAUUAUCUUACUCGCAAUCAUGAGACUAGAAAGUACUUGCAGGAGCAAGCUUACAGGUUACAGCAGGGCAUCGUCACCACAACCACACAGCAAAUGGUCAACAGGAUGUGUGUCAAAGUCCAAGACCACCUUAACUCUUUGAGAAACUCAGAAACUGAUUCUGUAGUGGAGGAUGUUAAAAUGGCAGAAAACUUCAUGAGGGAUGCUAGAAACUCAAAAGCGCUGUUGCCAAACCUGUAUCACCUGGGUGGGGCUUCCUGGACAGGUGCCAAUGGCUCUUCCUCCAAUCCCAUUCAUGAGAAACUGGAGUCCAUGGCUGGGGAGGUCACACUGGUUGUAGAUGAACAAUUAAAGACUCAACUGGAAUCAAUGGUGGAUGCAGCUGAAAGGCUCUGCCCUCACGUGAUGAUGAAAACCAACAUCCGGCACGAUUUGAUUGAGGCCAGCACUGAGAAAAUGUCCAUCCCACGCACAUUCGUCAAGAAUGUUUUACUGGAGCAAUCUGGAAUAGACAUCCUUAACAAAAUCAGUGAAGUGAAGCUGAGUGUGGCCUCAUUCCUUUCAGACCGAAUUGUAGACGAGAUCUUAGAAUCACUUUCCAGCUCUCAGCACAAACUGGCAGAGCACUUGACAAGACGAGGUACACCUCUUGUUCACCAGGAAUCACUUGAAAUAGAGGUGAUGGAGGAGAAACUGGUGAAACGCUCCACCCUGACAGCCGAGGACCUCACUGAGAUUGAGAGGCUGGAGGAACUGGACACCUGCAUGACUCUGUGCUGCACCAGUAUGACACCCAAGUCAAAGCGAAAAAGCAUUCACAGCAGAAUGCUGCGUCCUGUAUCAAGGGCUUUUGAAAUGGAAUUUGACCUGGAUAAAGCCCUGGAAGCAGUUCCCAUCUACAUUGAGGAUCUUCCUGUUGCUCACAGCAUGCUGGAGAAGAGGUGUUCCGGUGCCAUUCCAGAACUGCCUUCAGAGGAGGGGAAGAAACUGGAGCAUUUCACCAAACUGAGGCCCAAGAGGAACAAGAAACAGCAGCCUAGCAAAAUGACUCAGGUCAGUGCUGCUUCAUCUCAAGAGGGAGAGCAAAAUGGCCUCAUGGGAAGAGUCGAUGAGGGAGUGGAUGAAUUCUUCUCCAAGAAAGUUACUAGAAUAAAUACCAAAAAGAGGUCUUCUCUAAAGUCCUCUAACUCACAAGACGGAGGGGAAACAGAAGAAAAGAAGAAACGAGACUCCAGGAAGAGCAGCUUUUUCAACCUGAUCAAGUCCCGAUCCUCCAAGUCCGAGCGUCCCCAGACAGUAGCUGUGAGUGAGGAGCCCCUCUCCCCCAAGAGUUCUGUGAAGAGCCCUGCAGUGGAGCCCACCUCCCCCAAGAGUUCUGUGAAGGGCCCUGCAGUGGAGCCCAGCAAAGUGAAAGAGGUGAAGCCGGUGUUCACAGACCAGAGCAGCAGCUCAGACCGCUCAGAGGAGCUAAAAACCCCUGACUCCAUGGACGAACACUCAGAAGACUCGCUGAAGGGGGACAGCAAGCCAGAGGGCAAGGGCAGCCCACAGGGAGGGAGGCGUUAUGGGGUCCAGGUUAUGGGCUGUGGGCUGCUGGCCGAGAUGAAAGCCAAGCAAGAGAAGAGAGCAGCUGUGGUGCAUAAGGCACAUGACAGCACUUCAAGUACAGCCCGACACGACGGAAGUGGUUCAGCAACUACGGGCCACAAUACCCCGUCUGAGAGCCGGUUGCCUGGAGCAAAAGGCGAUUCAACAGAGAACAACCUGAAGAGUGAAGCCAAGCCUGAAGCUGGAGUGAGGUUGCACAGUUCUUCCAUAACCCCCACCAGCCCGAAACCCCCCCCACAGACCACCAAGCCCAGUCUAAUAGGAUGGCAGAAACCCUGGAGUAGCAGGAGCACAGAGGAAGGCCCAGAGUCUUCAACAGAAAGCCUCUCUCUGCUGCCACACUCUUUGAAGAGAGGUCUUUCAGAGAAGGAGAGAGACGGGCAGAGCAGCCCUCUGUUCAGUGGAUCCGGCAGCUGCUUUCCAGCACAAGAAGUACAUCCAACAUCCAUGUCAGAAGCAGCUCAGAGACAGAGCUCUGGGCAACACUCCGAGGACAAUGGGUCAAAGCCAAAAGAGCAGUCCCCUAACAAAGGCCAGCAGGGGAACAAGUCGUGUGACUCUGGAGAGGAAGGAGACAAGGACUUUACUUUUGAAUAAGAGAAAUAAAUUUUGCAGCAAUCUACCCAUGUGGGUCUUUUUUUUAGAUUUUCAAGAAAUUAUUCUUAUUCACCAGAUUUGCUUCGCAAAUUAUGUUGGUUUAAUGCUGAUCCUCACAGUCCCAUUAGUAGUUGAAUUUAAACUUAAUUUGUUUUUCAGCUUGCAUGACGUGCACAGUCCAUUUAUAUGCCUUUCUUUCUUGUUUUGGGGUUUUGGUUUUCUUUGUCUGGGGAAAUCCAGCUUUCCUCCCUGUUGUCCUUGAAAUGCCUCACAUCUCAGUAAAGCAAAUGUAAUAGGCGGGGGUGACUGCAGUCCCUUAAGGUCAUUCCACUCCAGGAUAAUAGGUAUAAUGGUGUAAUUAACUACUUCAGCGGCUUAAUUUCUUCCAUUAAACCAUUUACAAUAUGGUUGGUACCUAAACCUGGACUGGAAUGGCCACUUUUGCGCACCCCCAAGCUAUAAGGACUACUCUUCACUGUUCUGGCAAAACAAAGGAAAUAAAACGUGACGCUUCUUUUGUGCAGCAAGUGAUGUAUGUACUGCUGAGUGUAUGAGUGUCAAAUGUUCAUGUGAGAUAUUCAGUCACUGACAAAUAUUGUAACAGUAAAUAAAUGUUACUGCUUAUUAUACCGUAAUUCAAGGUAACAGAUUAAGGACAAGUAUUUAUUCAAAUGUAGCCACUUUUUUUUUUUUUUUUUUUUUUUAUAAAUGUAGUCGUUGCCAAUUAUUUUUAUUAUUUUCUCCCAAUUUGGAAUGGCCAAUUAUUUUCUUAUGCUCAGCUCACCGUUACCACCCCUGCGCUGACUCGGGAGGGGCGAAGAUGAACACACGCUGUCCUCCGAAGCGUGUGCCAUCAGCCGACCGAUUUUUUUCACACUGCGGACACCAUGCAGCCACCCAAGAGCUACAGUGUCGGAGGACAACGCAGCUCUCGGGCAGCUUACAGGCAAGCCCGCAGGCGCCCGGCCAGACUACAGGGGUCGCUGGUGCGCAGUGAGCCGAGGACCCCUUGGCCGAUCUAACCCUCCCUCCCCCCGGGCGGCGCUCGGCCAAUUGCGCACCAGUUGGCCAAUUUGUCGGCAAAGGAAUAUCCUGGACUCAAAGUCGUGGUGUCCAGACUAUAGGACACAUCCUGCACUCUACGCGAGUGCUUUUACUGGAUGCGCCAUUCGGGAGCCCCCUGAAUGUAAUGCAAAAUACACAAUUUAUAGUAAUUUGACAAAUAAUCUUUAUCAAAAAACAAACAAAUUUAUUUAAUUGAAAUAAUUUUCUUUAAGAAUUCCAGUUGACUUAGCCAUAUGCUUUUGGUCGUUGUCAUGUUGGAAGAUAAACUGUCUGCCAAUCAGCCUAUGAGCAGAUGGUAUCAUGUUUUGAUACAUACAGUGCUCCCCCUUCAUAAGGCAGCCCUUUAUACUGCAGAAUAGGUUGUAAGGCAGUACGGUCAUAACUCCCAUUUGCUCCAUAAUGCCAACUCUUGUAGUCUCGUUUUAAGGCGGAACACAAAUAUUAAUAGCUCCCGACUAGUGUUAUAACUGGGGCAAAUGAGAGCCAUGACCAUGAAUGUCUCGUCCCUAAACUGCUAAAACACACCCAUGUCAUGAUCAAACCACUACCAUGUUUAACCGUUAUGCCUAAUACAUGUAAAUCUUUCUUUAAGUUCUUGGCUGUUAAUCUUUUUUUUUUUUUUUUUUUUUUUAGUAAUCGGCAAUUGAUUUUACCCCGGUUUUCUCCCAGUUUGACAUGUCCAAUUGUAUUUUAGGCUCAGCUCAUCGCUACCACCCCUGCACUGACUCGGGAGUGGCGAAGAUGAACACACGCUGUCCUCUGAAGUGUGUGCCAUCAGCUGACCGCUUCUUUUCACUCUGCAGGCCUGUCAUGCAGUCAACCCAGAGCUACAGCGUCGGAGGACAGUGUAGCUCUGGGCAACUUACAGGCAAGCCUGCAUGUGCCCGGCCAGUCUACAGGGGUCGCUGGUGCGCGGUGGCUGUCCAGUUCUUUCAAGCAUUUCAGUUGAAUUUGUUCUGUGGUACUUCUUGAUUAUUGCUGAUUUUGGUAUUCCAUAUUUCUUUGAUACUGUUCUGUAGCUAUUUCCUUUGUUGUAGUUUGUUACAGGUGCUUUUCUCAAACGUGAAUUCACGUUUGAGAACUCCUUUGUCUUGAACAUCAUGUGUGAUGUUGCCAAAACAUUCUUCUUCAACAGAUGUUGGAAAAAUUGAUUUUAUAACACAGCUUAGUUGUCUAAUGGUUUUCUAUCAAUAUAUAUAUAUAUAUAUAUAUAUAUAUAUAUAUAUAUAUAUAUAUAUAUAUAUAUAUAUAUAUAUAAUAUAUAAAAUAACUACUGGCUAAUGUUCCCUAAAGGCUUGUAUUUAACAUGUUUUCUUGAAUUAUCGUAUAUUAAGUGUAGGGUGCUAAUACUUUAGUCUGCGACCUAUAUACAUAUAUAUGUAUUUAUAGUAAUGGAUGUAAAUUCAGCAAUGCUAUGGUAUUAGCUAAACACACUAAAUAAAAUGGUUUUAUAUAAUGUAUUCAAGUAAAAUUAGGUGCUUGGUGAUGGUUUUUUUUUAAUUCUCCCAUAGGGAACCUUUAUUCCUUCAAAUGUAUAUUUUAUUCAUUAAAGUGAUGAAUCAAUUACUCAGUUCUUGUGGAGCACUGCCAUAAGCACAAUAAAUAACAGCUGUAACAUUUUAUAAAUGGGAUUGGGGUUGCAAUACUAAAGGAUUGAGGUAUUUGUGGUUUAUGGGGAUACAGGGCAAUUACUAUUCUGUUACUGAUACACAACAGGCAAUUCUGUUUACAUUCUUUCAAACUUUUAAUUAUAUUUUACACAAACCUUUUUGUUUAGUUUGUUAAAAAAAAAAAAACAGUAUGCUUUUCAUGCUUCAUUAUACAAUUCUACGGGUUGAGGGAAUUUUAUUCAUGUGUAUAUUUAUACCAAUAAAGAUGAUUUUACUACUGGAA